CAACCUUUCUCGAUAGCGGGGCGUCCUUGUCUUGUGCUUGCAUACCUGUGCCUUUUCGGAACUUUGGCUUUCCUGUACCUCGUCUGAUCAAACCUUUGAUUCCUUUGAUUUCCAGCUCACUUCUUCCAAGCUUCCAAGACUCCACUGAACAUUGGUUCCUUGGGACCUUCCAUGGUGGGGACGAACGUCUUUGGAUCCAUAGAUUCGGCGGUACGGAUACCCUAUUGUCAGUACCGAGUAUAGAGUACAGAGUGCAGAUAUCUACGUACGAAUACGUACUUCGGCAGCCAUCGAUCGACCUCCGGUGCUCCUUGUCGGCCCCAAGCCAAGGCGGACGGGUGACGAACGGUUUUAGAACUCAGCCCACUUGACCUCGCACGCUCUUGAGGGGUCCAGCAGCCUGCUUUCGCGGCCUGACCUUUUCUUUAAACCGGCUGCGUCUCCCCCCCCCGAAACGCCAAAACAUCUCGAGACACGUCAUUUUCCUCGCCCUCUGGCCUCAACACAAGCGUGCAUCCGUUCCUCGAGCACCGUCGGCCUCUCUCGCUGACCAGACCGCACACGAUGCUCGACGAAAACCUCCCAACGUUCCGCUUCCGCCCCUCCUCCGACAACCCACUGAACACCCUCCUCUACUUUACACACCAGGGAUCCGACCCGACGCCCAGCUACCUCCUUAAGCGCGCCGACCCCGCCAACCCGGCCGCCCGAAACAAGUACGCCGCCGCGCUCACCGACAUCGCCUCUCAGCAGAUCAUCUACGCCGAGGUCCUCGUCGAACCGGAAUGGUCCCAGCCCACCCUCUCCGCCGCCGAGCUCCGCGCCCAGAAUGGCACACCCGCCCCGCCUCAGCCCAUCAUGCCCGACCAGGUCACCCUGCAGCUCUACAACCCGGACUCGCAGGUCGUCAUCAAGACCAAGGCCGGCAGCUGGGGCAAGUCGGACAGCUGGGAAUUCGAGAUGCCCGAGCAGAGCUUCCGCGCCCCGAGCGCCAGCCUGAUCGACCGCUCCGCCGACGACCCGCCCGUCAGCGACAUCGUACCCAAGGUCAUCUUCCGCUGGAAGCGCGACGGCAGGCUGAGCAAGGACAUGACUUGCUACAUGGUCGGAAAGAGCGUCGCCGGGAAGAAGAGCAAAGAGCCUGACAUCACCGUCGCCAUGUUCAAGGAUACGAAGCACGAGAGCGCCGUCACCAUCUACGAGCCCAACCUACAGCGCGUCGACGUGGAAGAUCGCAAAGGUCUGGAUAUUGUCCUGCUCUUCGGUGCCGAGGUCCUCCGCGAUUUGUUUCUGAACCCUCGUCAAAACGUCUUCAACCUUACAACAAUGCCCCCGCCGAUGGCCGGUCGUCGGAAGAACUCUAAGCCUUCGCCAGCCUCCAUGGGUCCCGGAGGCCCCGUGCUCCCAGUUGCUGCAAUGUCGGGCGCCAUCGGCAACAAGCCCGCCUCGCCACCAGCACAGGCGAUGAACAACGGCCCGCCAAGACCCAACGCCCGCGCCCAGUGGGAGAUCGAUAACGAGACGAAACGCCUGCAGGCCAUGGUCGCCCAGGAGGAGCGGGAAGCCCGCGAGCGCGAGCGUCGUGACGCCGAGGAGGCGAAGCGCAUCAAGAAGAUGCUCGACAAGGAGGAGAAGGAGCGGCGGCGGAAGGAAGCCGAGAUCGAAGCGGAAACGGAGCGUCUCCGCAGGCUAUACGGCGUGCAGCCCGACGCGUCCGGACCCGGUCUGCCACCUAGGCAUCAGCCGCCGCCCGGGACCACCCCGGGAUCGUGGCACGUCGCACCGGCGCAGCCGCCGAGGCCUCUUAGCGCGGGGCCCUAUCAGAACGGGCAACCAGGGACAAGCUCGUAUCGUCCGCCGCAGCAGGUGCACUUUGCGCCACAGCCGAAGCCGGCGCAGCAACAACCGCAGCAUCAACAGCAACAGCAAGGGGGCCGGGGUAAGCUCCCGAACCUGAUGUCGGGGUUACUUCAGGGUCCGUAUGCCAACCCGGCUGCUAGUGUCAGCAAUUUCUUCCAUCGGGAUCGGACUGAGGAGGAGAAGCGCAAGGUCGCUAAGAAGCGAAGUGUGCACUUCUAAAGCGGCCGUCUUUCAAGGCGAAGGAUGGGGGUUAAUUCAUUUUCUGUCUACCUUGCAUUGUAAGCAUAUUAGGCGUUCUGGGAGGGUACGCCCACUUGGCGCGUGGCUGGCAUGGUUGGUUGAUCAUGAGGUAAAAUGGCGUGUGGGUUUUUUUCUUGGAUUCUGUUCCGUUUUUUUGCAUGGGUAUACUAUUAGGCACUCAACAUGUAUGCGUAUAGAGCUACGAAUUAC